AUAAUCACAAACUAGGACGACUUCUUUCCUUCAGAGACCCAUUUAUCUAUCGCUAAAAACAUUUUACUGCAAUGUCUCCUAAUUUGUCGACAUAAAAACUGCCACUGGGAUUAAGUGACUAAAAAUGGAACGAAAGCUCGGACGCACCAGCACAAACAUUGGACACGUAUAUAUGCCACCUCUGCCGUUUUAUAUGAACACAUGUAAGAAUGCUCCUCCUCCGCCUGUCCUCCGCCGUCACAACAGAGUGCCUUCUGCUCACUUUCCUCUCACCUCACACACUGAACAUGAUAGAAAGCCACUGACUGGACCACUGUACAACGAGAUCCGUUCUAAAGCCCCUCCACACUGGACCACACACUUCCUCAAUGAACUCGCUCACAGGCACAGAGAUUGUGUGGCAGUGAGGGUUGUCUCUAAACCCGUAAGUGAAAUGCAGGACAGCUACACAGGUCAGUCAGCUGCACUCGAACCUCUGGCUGAGCACUAUAACAUGAUGCAGGCACUAUACAGACAGCUGAAUAUGACCCAGUCCCUUGUGCAAGAUCCUGUCUGUAGCACAACCAAGGCCGACUUUAAGCACUUCAACAGGUCAGAUUUGACUCCUCGCUCUGUAAUGGAGGCUGCUACCUUUAAUGGAACCCUUACCAAGAGUGGAGUCCACAGCCGACUUCCUGCUCAUAAAGCUCCAUCCACUUUAUCAUGUCAACCUCGACUCCCUUGCCCACCUCUGCCUUUGCCUCACAGGGGUAAAAGUAGUCUGUAUAUGGAUAGUUUUACUGUCCCUGUGCAUUCACCUUUGCCUAUAUCUGCACAAAAUGUGCUGAAACAGCAAGAUGGUGGUAGAGGUCUGUUACUGGACAUUCUAGGUGUCCCCAAAAUGUAUAGCACAGAGAAUCAAAUAUGUGGGAAGAACAAAAUGUAUAUGGUGUAAAACUGACAAAAAUAGGGUGUGAGCUGCAUUAGAUCUAAUUGUUGAUUAAUUCAUGUUUAUUGUCAUCCUUUCCAUUUGUCGUUCAGCGGGUCAUUAAUA